AGAGACAGCAACAUUACCACGCUUCGGUUCAUUUCCUCGCUCGGAGGUGAGAGUUUGAGCUGUAUAUAGACUACAGGGUGGGGGUGGUUGUUGACUUGAACAAAAUCUAAAAUAGGCUUACUUAGACGAUAUCAGAAGAAGUUUACGAUCAGGUGCGAAGAUGAGAAAGAAAAUCAAAGAGACAAUAGCAUUAAUUCUCACAGGUGUUGUGUGUCUCUUCAUUUUUAUGAACAAAAACGACACUGAAGACGACACGAUGUCAAAUAGCAUAGACACAUAUAAGAUGCUCCGUCAACAAAUCCAUUUGCCCAGAUCCGACAUUUUCCAGCCGUUGUCUUCACCUUGUCAGCAGAAUAUGUCGGCUUAUAAGGUGACUGGAUUUUCUACUCUGCCGGGUCAUAUCCAAGAUUUUUUGCUUUACAGACACUGUAGGAAUUUUCCCAUGCUGCUCGACCUGCCUAAUAAGUGUGGUGGACCCCUGAACUCUGCAGAUGUCUUCCUUCUGCUGGUCAUCAAGAGUUCUCCAGAAAACUACGAGCGGCGAGAAGUCCUGCGGAAAACAUGGGCUGAGGAACGACUGCACAAAGGUGUGUGGAUCCGUAGAGUCUUCAUAAUCGGGACAACUAAAACUGGCUUUGAGAAGCGCAGGUUGAAUAAGCUAUUGAAGCUGGAGAACAAUGAGAACAAGGACAUUUUACAGUGGGACUUCAAAGAUUCAUUCUUUAACCUCACACUGAAGCAGGUCCUUUUCUUAGAGUGGAUGGACAGAUGGUGCCCACAGGCUAGAUUUCUCUUUAACGGGGACGAUGACGUCUUUGCCAAUACGUUUAACAUGAUUGAGUAUCUUCAAGGUCAAGAGGGCAAUAAUGGAAGUAAACAUCUCUUUACCGGGCACCUCAUCCAGAACGUAGGGCCUAUUAGACACUCUGCAAGUAAAUACUUUGUCCCGGUGCAGGUUCAGGAGUCCAAGAGGUAUCCUCCUUACUGUGGUGGAGGAGGCUUUGUUCUCUCAGGAUUCACAGCCAGAACAAUCUACAAAAUGUCUCACUCUAUAAUUUUACUGCCCAUUGAUGAUGUUUACAUGGGCAUGUGUUUGGAAAAGGCUGGCCUUAAACCUACAUCCCACUUUGGUGUAAGAACCGCUGGUCUGCAUGUCCCUGCUGGGAACGUUGACAAAUUUAACCCUUGCUUUUACAGAGAAGUCCUUUUAGUCCACAGAUUUCUCCCACACAUGAUUUUUGUGAUGUGGAAUGAAAUCCAAAACCCACAUUUGCAAUGUGGAAAGUCAAAUCACACUCUUCAGGAAAUCCUGUUAACAAAAGAGCGGGGUGUUUGAUUCAAUUAAAAAGGGAAACAUAAUAGCUUGCUAGAAUUGAUGUACAAGUUUGUUUUUAAUAAAUGAAUUAACUUUUUUUCUACACCAUGUUUUACCAUGUAACUUAUCGAGAAAAUGAUUUGGUAUAUUUUAUUGCACUUUAAAGGAAAUGAAAAGGGUGGUUGAUUCCUUCUCAGCAGAAAACGUUGGGAGUCUUUAUGGUUUUAUUCUUUAUUUUAAAUAAUUAGAGAGUGCUUAUGGAGAUAGAAGUCUAUAUCUUUCACUUUCUCAAUUAAUUUUAUCAGGAUAGUUAUUUAAGUGUAAUAUGAAGUGGCAUUCACUUGCACAAGUCUAUGCAUUAAAUGAUUGCUGCAAAAGCAAAUUAAGGUUUUUAAACGACUGAAUCUUUUAAGAAUUACGGUGAUGUACUGUAACAAAGUAUACUUGCACAUAUCUUUUUGAUUCACGAAAUGAAUGAUUCAGAUGGUUCAUCGGAAUUAUUCCUUUCGUGAAUCACAUAUUUGAAUCGCAAGAUACGUGAAAGUCAUUAUAAAGUGUUUGUUUAAGUAAGCUUUAAUGUGUGUUUUUGAAUUAUAAAUAUGACAUAAAUUGUUUUGAUUGUUUUUGACUUGUGAUAAAGUUUGUUAGUGACAACUCUCCUGUUUUCUUUUAGAAAUGUGUGUAUUAAUAAAAGGUGAAUACCAACUUCAAAGGUCAAA